UGACAAUUUUUCAUUAAAUAAAUAUUGAUGAGAAUAAAUUUUGGCCGUUCAUAUUAUUUAGUCCGAUGGUUCAGAUUAUAUGCGAGUAUAUGUUUCCGGUUUCACCCAUUCACUCAUACGCUGCAGUCUGCACCCAGUUCUCUCGCUCACCUCCAUUGGAGAGAACUCCAAAUUCUCCAUUAAAGCAACUUCUGAGCUUUCUCUCCUCCAUUAAAGCAGUUUCUUAGAAUAUUGCUCUUAAACCCUUCAAUGGCGGCCUUGACAUGGGAGCCCAAGAUCCCAUCAUUCGGAACUGCUUCUUCGUUUUCCAUUGGAACUCGCAAAACCCAAAUUACGCCUGAAAUCAGCUCACUUUAUAAACCCAAUUCAGAGCUUAUUGAUGGUUUGUUUGUUCCUCCGAAUAAUCCUAAACAACUCAAUAAACUACGCCGGAAACAACUUAAAGAUACGACUGGAGCAGAUUGGUUUGAUAUGCCUGCCCCGGUUGUUACGCCGGAGUUGAAACAGGAUCUCCAGCUACUAAAGUUAAGGAAUGUCAUUGAUCCAAAAAGACAUUAUAAGAAGGGUGAUACGAAGUUGAAGACAUUACCCAAAUAUUUCCAGGUGGGUACCGUAGUGGAGUCAGCAUCAGAUUAUUACUCCGCUAGGCUCACUAAAAAGGAGAGGAAAAAUAGAAUUGCUGAUGAGCUACUUGCUGACAGUUCCCUUGCACAGUACCGGAAGCGCAAGGUUAGAGAAAUCGAAGAGCAUCAGCGUCCUGGUGGGAACGAGAAAUGGAAGAUAAAGGGCAAGUUUACUCUAAAGCGAGCCAAGGAAAAGAGGCAUUUGUCAGAACAGAGGCAUGCAUCUUCUGGAAAUAAUAGUAAUAAGCGCUUUAAAAGACUUUAGAUGUCUAAUUUGAGACAUGGAACACUUGGACCAAAUUGCUCAGCCUCCAUACCUGGGCAACUAGUUCAAAGUUUAGCCGCUGAAACAAAUUUACCAAUAGCUGCAGAACCUCAUGGAGCAGCGGUGGUCAGUGACUGCAUAAGUAUCUUGUAGGUAGGCAUAGGAGCUUAUAUUGCAUCGAAGCUGGACUAAUGCCAGUCAUAAUAGUUUGUUUUGGUAUUAUUAACAAUUUGUGUCUCACUUUAAAUAGUUUACGUAAAUUAUGACAUAGGGAAUGGUCUGAUACCAUAUUUGUUGGUGCAAAUUUUGUGUCCUGAGUGAAUUUUAUUGAUUCUUUGAUUUGGUAUUAGAUACAUUAUACGAGUACUCUA